GCAUCACCCCAUUCAGCCAAUUGCUUGCUAUAUACUAGCUGUUCUUCAACCUUCAUCAAAACAACUUUCCAUUGACCACCUCCCAUUGACCAUCAUGCUUCGAACACGAGUCCCCACCAUCAGCCGCUCGCUGCUUGCCCGCAGAAGCUUUGCAUACACGCCGAGAAUCAUGGCCGAGGGCGAUACUGGAGCUCCACGCGCAACCGGUGAUGCCUUCACCAAGCGUGAGAAGGCAGCCGAGGAAAUGUACAUUCGGCAGGAAGAGCAGGCCAAGCUAAAGGCCCUCAGGGAGAAGAUCAAGAAUGCGCAAAAGCACAUGGAUGAGCUCGAUAGCUACAUCCAGGAGACUAUGAAAGGACAAGGUGGUGAGCAACAUUAGGCGAACUUACGCGAAGCCUCUCUCUACUCCAGUCGUCGCAGAGGCAAAACUGAUCACCACAAGCAGGAGAGAAGCACUGAGUGGGAAUUUGCAAGGCAAAAAGUGGCUGCAGCGCGCACAAGCAUACAGCAUGUAUAGCACGAAUGCUCCUGCGGAGAUUGUCGUUUGAGCUUGAUUAGUGUACACUAAUCUCAACUCCGAUGUGGACAGCACAAAUAUUUACAAUUGCAGUCUUUGCAUUGUCUUUCACCAAGAA